AUGGUGGGCUCAGCCGCCCUAGACGCAGGUCGCGUGGAAGAAGAUACUUGUGCACAGUUCCGUGCCUUACAUGAAAAACAACUGUCUACCAUUUUGAGUACGUUCGGCAACUCCAUCUACAGCGACAACGAGCUGGCGUACCCUUGGCCAACUUCGCCGCUGUUCUACGACAUCACACCACUCUCGCCUUCCGAAACCAUAGUGCCGCGGCCCGGAAGCACACAGUAUUUUCACAGGUCUGAAUUGGAUAUAGUUCUUGAAGAGGCCACCAAAGGGCUGAAAGAAACCAAACAGACUACCGCAGAACAAUAA